AUGCUGUUGGCGUUUGGAGCCAAGCAGUUGAGAGCAGCCUGCUACUGCCGCCAGCUUCGCAUCGUCAAGUCAGGCGCUGAAUGCAAUGACAGCAAGUUGGGCUACGUGGCGCUACUCAUGAAGCUCAAGCGAGCGUAUGCAAAAAUGCAGCAGCUACAAGUAGAAGAUGUCAACCAUCCCGACUCGAUUUACAACGCUGAGCGCAUCCACGUUGAAGUCUAG